AUGUCCCUCGCCCAAAAGCUCAAAUGGGAGGCAACAAGCCGUCCCACCUGCGAAAUGCCUCUCCCCUUCCUCCCCUUCGUCUUCCUCGCCCACUUCACCCAGACAAUAACUUCCGUCCUCACCACGGAUGCCCACCGCACAACAGCGAGCCUCUCCAACCACCUCGAGGGCCUGCGCCUUCAGGUCCACGGGCCCGAACACACCUUCCACCCCUUUUCCCGGUUGCCAGCCGAGCUCCGCCUCAAAAUCUGGCAGCACGCCUGCGACCACCCGCGGACGCUCCUCGCAACACAUGCGCCGAACCCGACUUUACUUGCAGUGAACCGUGAGGCGCGGUACGAGGCCUUGCGGCGGUAUACACUCGUCCGGCUAAACACCUGGGGCGACAGGCGGAUCUACAUCGAUUUCUUGCGGGACAGCAUUGCCGUCGUGGAGGGCAAGGGUGGCGGCGGAUUCCCUGUUCGCGGGGCGAGGCACGUCAUUGUCGUGUGCGAGGAGCCGUUUCGGAACCCGGGUUCGUGGUUGAAGUGUCGGUACCGGGCUGGGUUGGAGACCUUGACGCUGGUGCUGAGCGGGACGAAGACAGGCAGCAGGAUUCCUGCGCCGCUUCCUGAGAUCCGGGAGCUGUGUACGCCCGAGGAGGUUCAGCUGCGGCUUGGGUACUUGAAGGAGGAGGCGGAUAGAAUAGGGGAAGAAGUGAGAGAGUUGGCCGAGGGGUGGGGGAAGACGCGGAUCCGCGUGGGGGAGUUCAUCUGA